GGGGAAGAAGAAGUUGAAGAUGAUUGUGAUGAUUGCAUUGCCGAGCCAGAGGAGAAGACUAGCCUCGUGAUUAGGAGGGCCUUACAAGCACGUGUGGAAGAGGAUGCUGCCCCCAACGACAACACAUUUUCAUCACCCGUUGUAAAAUUGGUGACGAGGCCUUGGCAAACUGAUAAAAGAUCUAUACAUGAUGGGUAUCACAACACGUAUACCAUAGUCCAUGAAGGGAGAAAGAAAAAACUACACCCUUUACCACCCCCACGGUUUUCACCAUCACAAACACCCCAAAAAGAAGUAUCCUUGUUGUCUCUUAAAGAGUUUGAAAGGGAGUUAGAUGGUGAGGGAGAGUUGUUCAUACUAUACUCCAAAGAAACCCACGAAAAUUUUGUUGCUCAAAAUCCUAAGUUAGCCCAAUUGAUUAAGGAUUUUGAGGACGUUUUUCCGAAUGAAUUACCUAAAGAACUACCACCCAUACGUGGAAUUGAGCAUCAAAUUGAUCUCAUUCCCGGAGCACCUUUGCCAAAUAAGCCAGCCUAUAGGUGUAACCCUUUAGAAACUAAGGAAUUACAACGUCAAAUUGAAGAGCUAAUGGGGAUGGGUUAUGUGCGUGAGUCAUGA